AUGUUGUUUCCGGACAUCGUGAAGGUGUUGGUGUGUUUGUUUUUUGGCCAGUGUGCUUUAAUUCCCGGCUACCAUGCAGCAGCUCUUGGGUUACUGUCCAAUGACACGCAGGGACAAACGGGAUUUUCGGAGCCUGAUUUAUCCUAUUGUCAGAUGAUUCUGGAAGCUCCAGUUCCACCCACAGCGGACCAGGUUCCCUGGUUCUGCAUCUGCUCCGCUUGCUCCGGAAACCAAGGCCAGAAAGGAGACAGAGGCGACCGUGGACUGCCAGGAGUUCCUGGUAGUCAAGGUCCAAGAGGCCUCACUGGGCUUCCCGGCCGUCCAGGAUUCACAGGACGUCCUGGCAUAAAGGGUGAGAAAGGUGACGCAGGAGAUAAGGGUGACCUUGGUUACCCUGGAGUUUCAGGGCCAAAGGGAGGCAGGGGAUUCAAAGGUGAAAAGGGUGAACCUGGUCUGGAAGGUCCUUCAGGAGAACAGGGUCCAAAGGGAGAUGAUGGUCAAUGCCCAGAAACCUGUGAGCCUUUACCUGGUCCGGCAGGUGAACCGGGUCUUCCUGGCCCUGCAGGUGCACGGGGGUUACCUGGGUUGAAUGGAGACCCUGGACAAAAAGGGUUGAAGGGCGAUCCGGGUGUGGUGGGAGAGCGUGGCCUUCCAGGUGUAUCAGGGGAGAAGGGUGACCAAGGUCCACAGGGCCUGUGCAAUUGUAAGGAUGGGGCUCAAGGAGCCCCGGGUCAAACAGGAGAAAAGGGUGAGAAGGGAAACUUGGGUCCGACAGGGCAACAGGGUGCAGCUGGAGCCACAGGACCUAAGGGUGAUCAGGGAGAUAUGGGAAUGAUUGGUAUGCCCGGACCUUGCUCACCCACUGUGCAAUCUACUUUCUCUGCCGCUUUACUCACCUCCUUUCCUGUACCUAGCCGCCCAGUGCCUUUCAAACGUGUCAUCUACAACUUAAACCAGAACUACAACCCUGAUAAUGGUGUCUACACCGCCCCGGUUAACGGAACCUACGUGUUUAGCUACCAUCUGCAAGUAUCCCACCGUCUGCUAAAGGUCGGACUCUUCCACAACUUCGAGGCUGUAGUGAGGACAACUACGCCAGUAGAAAUGAACACCGCCUCUCAGCAGGUGGUGCUGAGUCUGAGCCAGGGUGACUGGGUGUGGGUACAGGUGAAAGACACCACCACUAAUGGCAUAUUCACUGGCUCCGAGUCCAGCAGCACAUUCAACGGGUUUUUGUUGUACCCAGACAGAUGUGAUGACAUGUUUGGAAGAGAUUUCAUUGAAAAUCAGUUCCCUGAUAAAGAUAUUCCAUGGUAAUCUCCUAC